AAUCGAUCUUGGCUUCAACCAUUUUUCGGGCACUUAAUUUACACUAGCCACAUUCGUCAGCGCCAGCCACAGAAUGGCGGGCACAAUUCAAGAUGGGUCAGUCGAUCAUCAAAACAACCAAAUUCAUGAACUCCAUGUUUAGUAGAGGCCACUUUGAUGUGUGAUGCCUCACGCAUCUCCUUGAAUCCUUUAAACCCCCGUUCUCUAUACAAUCCUUGGGUUCCUCAUCCUCAUCGUGAGCGAUCGCCCCCACGAAGCCGCACGAACUUACGCGGGGUUCACCAAUAUAGUACUUUCUCGACAGCGACCGCUCUUGUUUGGUACUUCCCUCGAUUGAUAUUCUCCGUCCUCAGAUCUUCGAGCGAUCCCUAGGGUUCGUCAGCCCCGCAUCCCAAGACUGUACGCUGUCCAGCUCGCCAUCAUGUCCUAUAAAUCCUCCGCGACCACCGCCGUAUCCUCCCCCGGCAAGGUCCUGCUUACUGGCGGGUACCUCGUUCUAGAUCGAAACUACACAGGCACCGUGUUCGCUCUCAACGCCCGGAUUCACGUUGUCGUGCAACAGCUCCGAAAGGGGCACCGAAGAGGACAAUCUUCCGAGGCCGAGAAAGCGGAAAACGGGAACCCUGAUAUUGAGAAGGAUGGCGAAGACCUGAUUGUGGUUCGCUCGCCCCAAUUCGUAGAUGCCGUGUGGGAAUACGGUAUCCAACGCUGUGAGAAUGGCGGCGGGAUUAAGGUCGUACAAAAGAAUAACGGACGAGGCAACCCUUUUGUUGAAACCUCCUUGAACUACGCCUUGACUUACAUCAGUUACGUGGCCGAUUCGAAGGACUUUGGCUCCCUAUCAAUUACGAUCCUCGCCGACAACGACUACUAUUCCGAAACGGCCUUUUCAAGAGCCGGGGGUCGUAACACUGGGGGAUUUGUGAACUUUGGGGUCCCGCUCCACGAGGCGCAUAAGACGGGCCUUGGUUCUUCUGCGGCCUUGGUCACAUCUCUGGUAUCCGCUCUAGUGAUCCACCGCACGAUGCAGCCUGACGAUAUUGGCGCGGCUCGUGAUAAAUUGCAUAAUCUGGCGCAGGCCGCUCAUUGUGCAGCCCAGGGAAAGGUUGGAUCUGGAUUCGACGUUGCCGCUGCUGUCUACGGUUCCUGCCUCUAUCGCAGAUUCUCGCCCUCUAUUCUGGAGUCCAUCGGUGAUGCAGGUCGUCCUGGAUUCGACGAGAGGCUAUUCAACGUUGUGGAGGACGCCGACCCAGAACAUCCCUGGGACACAGAGUGCCUGGACUUUGGUAUGACCCUUCCCCGUGGGAUGCAAAUGGUUCUCUGUGAUGUCGAGUGCGGUUCCCAAACUCCGUCAAUGGUGAAAAAAGUGCUGGAGUGGCGAAAACAAAACAAGCAAGAGGCCGACCUUCUUUGGAACGCUCUCCAGUCGAACAACGAACGGUUAUGUCUCGAAUUCAAACAGCUGUCGCAGAACCCCGAGAAAGGCUUUGAUGACGUUCGUAGUUUGAUCGAACGGUCCCGCAAUCAUAUUCGCAGCAUGACUACCAAAUCCGACGUUCCAAUUGAACCAAAGGUACAGACCGAGUUACUUGAUGCCAUUUCCGAGGUUGAAGGUGUUGUGGGUGGAGUCGUUCCCGGUGCAGGAGGCUACGAUGCUUUGGCGGUUUUGAUCCGAGAUGAAGCAGAGGUCAUCGAUCGACUGAAGCAGCUUUUUGAGAACUGGCAGAGCAAGGUGGAGGACGAUUUCGGAGGAAGCGUCGGCCAAGUUCGUCUCCUUGGUGUGCGCCAUGGGUCUCUUGGUCUGGAGAACGAAUCGUUGGAGCAAUAUCGCGUUUGGUUGUAGAUAGCGCCCUGAGCCUGUAUGGGUUUGCAGCGUCAACCUUUGCCGUCUAGCUUCGGAGCCUUGUUUUCAUGGGCGAUGACUACUUAUGAUGUGCAUGUUAGACAUGAAAUAGCAUGAUAACGAACAAGUAAUAUAAUUCAAAAGGAAUGGAAACAUGCCAGCCAUUCAUAAGUUGGCCUGAACGCUCGUAAGAGAGAUAUCUACCUAGUGCUACCAGUGUAUAGCCCUACAUCCAGC